GUUACAUAUUUGGGUAAGGUUUCCACAACAGGGAUGCAGUUUUUGUCAGGCUGCACAGAGAAACCAGUCAUUGAAUUAUGGAAGAAGCACACACUCCCCAGGGAGGAUAUUUACCCAGCUAAUGCCCUUCUGGAAAUUCGCCCUUUCCAAGUCUGGCUGCAUCAUCUGGACCUCAAAGGUGAGGCGACAGUCCACAUGGAUACCUUUCAGGUAGCACGUAUAGCCUACUGCACUGCUGACCACAACAUCAGCCCAAACAUCUUUGCUUGGGUCUAUCGGGAGAUCAACGAUGACUUGUCCUACCAGAUGGACUGCCAUGCUGUAGAGUGUGAGAGCAAGCUGGAGGCCAAGAAGCUGGCCCAUGCCAUGAUGGAGGCCUUUAAGAAAACUUUUCACAGCAUGAAAAGUGAUGGCCGGAUCCACAGGAACAGCUCGUCAGAGGAAGUGUCUCAUGAAUUUGAGUCUGAUGAUGGCUGACUGAACUCAAUCACGGUUCAGCAAAGGCAGAAAUGACCUAGGGAUUGCGAGCUGAUAGAUGAAUAAGUAACAAUUGAAACUGGGGAAAGAAAGGACUGCCAAACACUUCUCUGACCAGAUUUUUAAAUCAAAAGAGCAAUUCAGUACCUACAGAUAUGCAUCAUUAAAGUAGUUACUUUACAUUGAAAUCUGCUGCUGUUGUAAAAGUGAGAAAAAAGCUCUCCCCCCAUUUCUCUCACCCACCCAUCACUGUUCCUUUCUUAUCUCUGUAGUUCAGGUGCAUACUAAGAAGUGGAGUCAUUCCUGUUUGUCUUAUAAGACUGGUCAGGCACUUUUACUAGUUGCUUCUCUGGCAUUCCAAGCUCGGGUCUGAUGAUGGUGUACAAGAGCAAGUAGACCUGGAAAACGCUAA